CCUUGACGGUGAUGUUUCGCUAUGUUUUCACGCUGCGCACCUUCAGCAUGGGCCCCAGCAGCGGUGGCCAGUGCGCUAGUGGCACACAGUACAUGCCACUGGUCGAGUCUAGCGGCCGCGUGGCUCAAUGGAGGCUGCAGCUGCUCUCCCAGUCGCUGCUGCUGGCAACGGCAGUUGUGGUGCUGGCGCUCGCGUUUUUCACACGCAUGCAUGUCAGGUGGAUAGACGUGCAGUGCGCGAGGCGACGUGCAUUAGAUCCUGUUCCUGUUCCUCUUGUCUGUACCUGGGACAUGAGCCAUGAGCCUUACUCCACCACCUUACUGCUCCUUCAAACCCCUUCGUGCAGGCAUCGUAACACACUGCUGCUGCUGGCGGCUUGCCUGGACGCAGGAGCCUUGCUGGUGGUCACGUUCCCCGUGCCCUGGGCUUCAACUCUGCUGCCCAUUCCCGAUGUGUGGGUUGCGGUCCUCCGCCGUUGCCGCCUGCACUGGGUCCUCCGCAGCAUUUGGGCGCCGGCGACACUGCAGUUGUCGCCAUACCUUCAAGUACGGGCCACCCUGGCAAACCUGCUCCCUAUUACCCUGCUCAUGAGACACUUUUACGGCGGCCGCUGGCGCCCUGCGCUGGUGUUUUCUGCAAGCUGCGCGGUGUGCGGCAUGCUCCUCUCAGCCGUCAUAGACUGGCGGGCGCGCCGGCGCUUUGCCGCCUUGCGGGGCCAUGCGUGAAGUACUCCGGUCCUUAAGGUUACCUACCGUUAUGAUGACCCACGUGACGGUGUAGUUCUCGCAGUCAGUUUGGCGUACGUGUAGUUCUUAAUGAGGUUUUAGUUCGGACUGGCCGAGGGCCGUGCCAUUCCAACGUACCUGAGUCCACGUACCUGACGCUAUUCUGUGGGCCUUUACCGAUGUUCCAUGCCUGGAUUGGGGUUAUGCAGGAUAUGAAGUGCACAGGUACAGCUGAGACGUACAAUUUUUAUAGUGGGUUGAAAUACCCUGGAUGUGUUUGCUUCAUCCAAACAAGUUGCUAUAUAGAAUGUUGCUAUAUAGACUGGGUUGCUACUUAUAGUGAGUGCUACUGGAUACAUGCAAACUAGGAGAGGACUGUUGGACUUAGAAGAUACUACCGUAUUGAGGAGGGGCCAUUCCAUUGGCUGUUUCCUUUCUUCCUGCCUCUCGUUCCUCUCUUGUCCGCCUCCCAUAGUUUUUUCGCUUUGUCUUUGGUUGCCUGUUGCGUUCUUUGUAGUUUGCCCCGUUUCUAUCAAUUGGAUCCAUCACCGGGGUUCCCUUCUUGGGAACCUCCGUAACGGCCACUCAUUGCGUAAGCAAUGAGCCUUAAGCGCCCCACGCCGACCCGUGUACCCAUGCAAAUGUACCCAUGUCAGUGUUAGCAAAGUCCUCUUGUUAGUAUAGCACUGACCGAUGUGAGGCUACGGCGGAAUGGCGGAGGGAUUUGUCUUUCGCAACGCAUAGGAUCUGGGAGGUGC